GCUUCAGUCAUCUUUGCAAUGCCCCCGUGGGACUGCCCACGUGGGGAGCAGGUGCUGCUUGGACGCCUCCUUGUUACCAUGACCACCAGUCUCGGGGCAGGAAGGAAAACAGUAAAGAGGAUGGAAAAGGAGAGGCCGAGAGCCCGUCUCACCAGCAUUCCUUAUUGAAUACAGACAGCCGUAAUGGAACUCAAACCUCCGAAGAGUCCAGGCAAACAACUUACAUCUUAUUAUGGAAAUGAAGUCUGCAAACAGGAUUACUUUAUUAAAUCACCACCCCCUCAGCUUUUCUUCUCCCUGGCCUCUUGGAAAAAGCGGUUUUUCAUCUUGUCAAAGAGUGAGAAAAAAGGUUUUAAUCUUUCCUAUUACAAAGACUGUCGUCACCGAGGGUCCAUUGAAAUUGACCAAAAUUCCACUAUAGAAGUCGGCAUAAGUUGCACCAAGAAAAUGCAGUCUGUGCAGAAGAUGUUUAAAUGCCACCCUGAAGAGGUGAUGUUCAUCAGAACCACUGACAGGGAUUACAUUCUCAUUGGCUAUGACAGGGAGAAGAUUAAAGACUGGGUCGCCUUCAUGUCAUCAUUUUGCCAAGAUAUAAAAGCACCACAUCAGAAUACAGAGGAGACCGUCUCCUGGAGUGAUAAAAGGCCCAUUUCGGACCCCAGCCCUGUCCUUGCUCCUUCUGGUGCAUCGGAGGCCAUCAGCUUCGCUUCCCCAAGGAAGAGUCUUCCAAACAUGCAUUUGAUGGAAAAAAGUUCUCCAGAAUUCAGACAAGCUCAUCUUCCACAUGACUUCUCGUCAGAGACCGUACAAGUUCCAGAAGAAGACAGUUAUUAUAUUAGUCCCCGAAGUAUUCUUUUGGAGCUGGAUAAGAUUAUUGCUUCCAAUGAUUCUGAUGAAUCCACUGAACCUGAUAGUCCAGACCAGGUCCCCAAGAGAAACGAACGUCAUUACAUGACAAUGAAAUCCUGUGUUUUCCAGGAGACAUCCCACCCUUCUGCUGAGAGCAAAGAGGAAUCCCAGACCAUUCCAGGGAUGCAAGAUGAGGGCCUUCGCCUGCAAGAACAAGGCUCAGGAAGGAACUCAUGUCUUUCAACUGCCAAUAUGGAAGCACAGACAAUGACUGAGAAAAGAGGGGCGGCCUCAUUAACUGUCGUGCAGUUGUCUAUAUUAAUCAAUAACAUCCCUGAUGAAGGCCAAGUGGAAAAACUGGAUGUGUUCCUUUCUCCUUCUGACAUCAUAAAUUAUCUUGCUCUCCUAGAAGCUGCUGGACGGAUAUGUGUGGCCCAGUGGGGAGGUCCCCAGCGCCUUGGAUGCUUAUUUUGCCACGGAGAUCACCUUUUGGCUGUGAAUGACCUGAAGCCCCAGAGCCUGGAGGAGUUCUCCUUGUUUCUGAGCCGGUCCAUCCAGAAGGAGAAAAUGAAACUCACCAUCGGCCGGAUCCCGAAUUCAGAAAAAUUCCACGCUAUAUCCUGUGCUUGCCCCUUAAAAUACCAGGGAGUUGCACCUUAUUAUCUGGAUAAAUCUGGGCUGGAGACAGUGCUGAAGAGGAGUCCAGCCUUUAGAAAGGGCCAGCAGAAAGGAACCGGAGAGUAACAUGCCUGGGACCCAUUGCACUGGAGUGAGGUUGGAGCCCUGCACCCUGGCCAGGCUCUGCCACUUACUGCUGGGUGAUACGAGACAAUCAGCACACCUUUCUGAACUUCCACUUUGCAAGCCCUCUCUGACUAUGGCAUCCAGGACGUUGAGAGAGUCGAGAGAGAUCAUGACUAUGAAACACUGCAAAUGUGAGGUCUUAUUAUCUCAGACUUUGUCCCAAACCCCACAAACUCCAAUUGAUUGGCCAAGUCCUUCAUCUAACAUGUACUGUGUGUUCUGCUGAGGUCACGGCCCACAUAAUCCCUUCUUUGUUAGGGAACACACAAUUAGAACUACUCAUUACAGGAAGGCAAGAUUCCCAAGAGAGAUGUGAUAUCAUAUCGCCCUUCGCAAACACCUCCUGCUAUUCAUCAUCCCCUUAUUCCAGAACACUGAGACCGCAGCCUCUUGAAUUCAGUAAUGAUCUUGCUUUCUCAAAGACCCAGUAACUAUUUUAGAAAUUGAGGCAGUUUUAGGUGAGCCUUGGCAAAGAUCUGCUUGCUCUGUAAGUAAUGAGAGAACUACUUAACACUUCUAAGUUUGAUAGGUAUUUAAAUUCAUUAAGUAAUUGAUACUGGAAGACUAAAAAAAGCAAAUCCUUUCUCUUAAAUAGGAAAACUUAGGCAGAGAGCUAAAGCCCUAGUCAAAUCUGGGAAUGUUAGAGCAAAAGUGGGAUUAAAAAAUGAUCAUAUUUUAUCAUUUCAUUUUGCAUGGAAAGAAAGUAAGGCCCCCCCAAAAUGAAUGGUAUGCCUUCUUUGUGGCUCCAGAUUUCAUCUGUUUAGUGGUAGAACCAAGAAUCUAAAACCCACUGUGAAACACAAAUGUCCUGAUCUCACUUUAAUUUGCAUUUAGAUUUGAAGACCUUCAGCACUUAGAAAAAAACAUUCAAAUACAGUUCAUUUUCUAUUAUCCAGAUUGUUCAGAAAGUAUAAUAAUGUUUAAUUCGUGAGCCCUAUUUGACUCUGUGUUUCUACUUCUAGAAAUUUAUCCUUCAGAAAUGUCCACAGCAGGAGGCAAAGAUAUCUGUAAAAAAGAUGUUCCCUGUAGCACUGUAGCGUUGUUUGUAAUAAUAAAUAAUCCUUGGGGAUUUCUUAAGUAAAUCAUGAUGACUUCACAUAAUUGAACACUCUGCAGAUGUUAAAAAAGUUCUUCAUACACAGUAAUGGAAAGAUAUUCACCAUAUAUUAAAAGAGACAGAAGCAAGCUGGGUACAGUAGCUGUAACAUUGUGCCACUUUUUUGAAAGUAAAUUGUUGAUAUUUGUGUAUAUGUCUAUGAAUAUUUCUUCAACCCUAAUUAAGGAGAGAAAUACCGACCUUGUAGGUUGCUGUGAGCUUUAAAUGCAUGAGGUACUUACAGCACUUAGCACUUGCCUGAUACAUAGUAAGCACUCAAUAAAUGUU